AUGCUUGUGGGAAGGUCGGUUCCGGAGCUCAUUCUGGUGAGGUCCAUGGUAAUAUACUUCCAGUACCUCGGAUUCCUCUGCUUCCUCUACUUUUGGUUCAUAUUCGCUCUCGCUGGUGUACCCGGUAUCGCUCAUCCCGUAUCCAUCCUCAUCGAAGUCGUUGGUGCCAUCGAAAUCAUCUUUUACUUUGCCUGGUUUGUGCCGUAUCGCCGACGUCUACAGAAACCCGGCCUUCAGCCAGAGCCUCUGAAUCAGGAAGAACGGCGGCGGUUCUUCUACCAGGGAUUGGAUCACGCGCCAGAUGUCGAGCAGUAUAUUCGAAAAUGGCACUGCAACGCCCAGCUCGGUGAUAUUCGCAGGGAGAAUGUCAAAGACUGGUUGAUGUGGGCAUUAUUUGACAAGCAAGGCAAUCCGCAAGAGCAUGACGAGGAACUCGAGGAGUAUAUUGCGGAAACCGAAGAGCGGGCUGGAGUCAAUAUCAAGAGAGGCUUCGGAGACGCAACACCAAUGCGCCUCAGUUUCGAUGCCAUUACAAUCACCCACCGGAGCCUAAUGUAUUACCUUACCACUGGCACCCUCGACUUCUUCGCAACCCUCGUCCUCUUCAUCAGAGGCUUCAAAUUUUACCGUCAACCACGCAACACCUUCUUCUCCGUCUUUCCAUGGCGGCCCAUGACCCUCUUCUCGCCCAACGAGUCUGCUGACCCGAAGCUAAGCUACUUUUGCCGCCCGCACACGUCAGAGACCAAGCGUCCCAUCCUCUUCAUGCACGGCGUCGGCGUCGGCAUGCUCCCGUAUCUACUGUGGCUCUGGAGCAUUCCAAAGGACGUUGGCGUGCUGUGUAUCGAGAUUCUCCCCGUCUCCUCGCGGAUUUGCCCCCCUUUGCAGACAACCAAGGAGCUUGUCGACGGCAUAGACGCUAUCAUCAAACAGCAAAACUACAAUGACUUUGUCUUUGUUGGAAACUCCUUUGGCACGCUCUUCGUUUCCCCGCUGCUACAAAGACCCGACAUCGCGGCAAAGAUUAACUCCAUCGUCCUCAUCGACCCCGUAUCAUUGCUCCUCCACCUCCCCGCCGUGGCCUACAACUUUACGCGGCGCACACCGAAAUGGGGCAACGAAUGGGAAAUCUGGUUCGUUGCCACAGACCCCAUGGUUGCACACACCCUUGCCCGCCGCUUCCGUUGGCAAGACUUCAUCCUCUGGACGCCUCAGCUACAAGGAAAGCGUACCACCGUCGUCCUCGGCGGUGAGGACUGCGUCACCGAUCCAGACGCCGUGGCGAGCUACGUCUACUUUGGCGACCUCAACUAUACGCGACACGACAAGCCCGAGUGGGCGACGACGCCUCAGAGGUGGAGCGGGAAAGGGGAGCUGGAACUCAUGUACCUGGCCGGCAUGGAUCACGGCCAGGCGUUUUUGAGCAUCAAGCACAUGCCGCAGAUUGGCAAUGUUGUAAUAGCGUAUACGCACCUGAGCGGGGUGAUGGAGUCGAGACAGGCGGAUGCCGCCAAGGAGGAAGAACAGAACCAGAUUUGA